AUGCGGGCUGGCUGGUGUAUCAAGCUUCCGAGUUCGUCGAUGUCAUCGCUUUCGCGCCCUUCUGAGCCUCCUGAUAUGAAGAACAUGAGUAAGAUAACUCAAGACGAAGAGAAGCUAGUGCAAUGUAAUGAAACUUGUGUUAAAGAUGAUAAUAAUAAUGAAGAUCCGUGGUUGGCCAAGGUGGGAACGUUGGUGGAGGCACAAUCAGCUUGUUUGAAUUUACUUGGUGUGAAGGGUGCUAUGCCUAGUAAAGAAUCACCAGGAGCAAAUUCAAGGCAAUUGGCAACAAUAGAAAACACUGAAUCGAAACCCAGUAUACUACCCUCCAUAUAUGCUUUUGAAGGAUACUCUAACAGGACUAAUUCCCUCUGA